GAUGUUAAAAAACUUGAAACAUUGUUAAUCGUGAUCGGCAAAAACGAUGCAUUGUCAUUCCAGAAAGGAUACAAGCAUCCAAAAAUUUUGCGACCUAUAACUUAUAUCCGAUUACUUAUAGUAAUUAAUUAUCAAAUGUCACUUCCAAAGGAAUUUAGUGAAGAGACAAAAAAUCUUCUUACAGUAUGGCGUGAUAUCAUUCUUGAAAAACAUAAAGAUGAUGAUGAUGAAAUUUUUUGUAGUGAUCCAUUAUUGAUUAUUGAAUACCAUCAACCGG